AUGACCUCAAAGAAGAAAGGUACCGCGCGUCGGUCCGGGCCAUUCUCAUUUUCCUCUCGCACGAGGACUACCAAGGACGUGCCUCCGAUCAAGAAACUGCUCGGCGAACUUGGGUUUGGCGAUGAUGCUGAUAAAAAGCUCCUCAAUGAGUUCAACGCUGCUCGUAAAUUUCACAUGAACCGCUUCUUAGAGGAAAAGAUCAUCGACGACAAAGACAUAUUGGAGUGGUCCUCCGAGCCAUGCAAGCAAAAGAUUCGCAGGCUGGCCAAAGACUUUCUUACCAGACACAACUAUGGCCCUCGUUUCUGGCCCGACGAGGUUUCUCCUGCAAACACCAAGAACUACCGUUAUCCACAGGAUUCCCAACAAAGAUCACACAAUAUAAAGGUUCGCAAAGAAAAGAGGCGUACCAAUCUCUUCGAGCGAGGUGAUGCGCCUGACGAGCCUAUUGCCCUUGAUCUGUCCAGCGAUGAGUCUGAUUACGAAUACCAAGUAUUCGAUCCCCCGUCAUCCCCGAUGUCUGGUGAAUCUUACCUCAAGAGUGUAGUUCAGGAUGAGAAUGAGAAUGUUAACUCGGAGGCAUCUCAUGGAUCUAGCCAACCCUCAAGAACAAGCCCUGUGCUGGCAACAAAAAGGCCUCUAUUAGAAUCAGAGACGUCGCCGUUGCGUACAAAAAGCCCGCGUCUCAACGGUUUUCGUGCACCCACAGCCGACCCGGUCUCUCAAGGUCCCAAUGUUCGGCUUGAAUCAGUCGCCCGAGCAGUUUCUCCCAGACAAGAGCUUCGCAGGUCAAGUCGAAAAUCUGUUCCUGCGCCUGUUGCUCCCAUGGGUGAAGGAUCAGGGACGAAUGAAACCCAGGAACAAUCAUCAGAAGCAGAGAGGAAUACCACGGAUGAGAUCGUCUGUGGGUUCAAAACUGCGAUACGAUCAGUUCCACCUACUGGAGAGAAUGGCAGUUCUCGCAUUUCUGAAAAUGAAACGACAGCUACAGACCAGCCGCCUGUAAAGCUUGGUUCUACGCCACUCUCUCAGAAGGAUACUGCCACGUCUGGGCCAGAUAUCGAAGAGCUCAGCAGCAAUUCGUAUGAUACAGCUGCGGCACGGCGGUUACUGAGCUCGCAUCUCCGUGGGCAUACUACAAAUACUCCUACCCCUCUACAAUUCUCUUUUUCCUUUCACGAUGGUAGCCACGGCGACCCUUUCAGCAUUUCGGCGGUCGAAUUCUUCACAAUGACCCUUGAGCAGUUUAUGGACGUUCUGCCCAUGAACGACAAGGAAAUGAUAGUAGGGCUGUGCAUACGCCAAUACGGGCCCAAGUUCUGUCUCCGGCAAGUGUAUCUGUACAACGAAGCUGUCUUUGGGAACAUUCGUCAGCAGUUUCUCCGUUGUAUUGAGAGCGAUACACGAGAUGUGAAGAACCAUGGAAAGAGGCUGGACUACGAGAUCAGUAUCGAGCCACUUAGGGAUUAA